UGCUCAACAAUCUCCCACGCGCUCAAACAUUCGAAAUGCACGCUUACAGACAACACUAGACCGUCAGACUCAGACUCUGACAAUGCACGCCAUGUCAUCGAUCCAACCGAGGUCCGGAGGACCAUGCUCCAGUUGGAGGAGGUUGUCGAGUUGGACGGUUAGGAUCUGUUCAUCUCGUGCCAUCUAUCCUCACGCGCAUGACAAGGAACUCGAGUCCGAGAAGAAGCCCAUCGGUGGCUACGAUCCCGGGCACCGAACACUCUGCUAAAGAGGGAAGCCGCGGCCUCCGCAGCUGCCACAUUUCUAAUUCCAACGUCUGCGUAUGUUGAGUCCGCGGGAAGCGUCUGCCGAGUCGCCAUUCGAAUUUUGGGCCGAAGCGCUCGAGAGCCUCGAGGCUCGUAGAGAUGUCGGGGCGCGGAAAGGGAGGCAAAGGUUUGGGCAAGGGAGGCGCCAAGCGGCACAGGAAGGUGUUCAGAGAUAACAUUCAGGGGAUCACGAAGCCCGCCAUCAGGCGUCUAGCCCGAAGAGGAGGCGUCAAGCGCAUCAGCGGACUGAUUUACGAGGAGACUCGCGGAGUGCUGAAGAUCUUUCUGGAGAAUGUGAUCCGGGAUGCCGUGACUUACACCGAGCACGCGAGGAGGAAGACUGUCACUGCGAUGGACGUGGUUUACGCGUUGAAGAGACAGGGACGAACUCUGUACGGGUUCGGAGGAUAGAGUGUGCUCUGCCGCCGCCGUGCUUUGUUUUCAUGGUAUCUACCUGUGGCUUGUGCGUGAGCUUCGACGCCCUGGAUUUUGGAGUGUCCUCCCUGUUUCGUGGCGGACUCGGGUCUAACUAAGCGGAGGCCAAGGUACAUCCGUGCAUGUUCUAUGCCAUGUGCGAGUAGUCUCAUUCGACAAUUUGUCGAUCUGUAUAGCUCAAGCUGAUCAUGCGAAAUCAGCAGAUGUCUCAAAUGUAGCUCUUACUGUAGCUGAAUAUUUGUUCUGUUGAGAACGUUUCUGUGGAUUGAAUUCCACUCUGUACAAUACACAUUGAACUAAACUGUCAAUGGGCUGUUCAAGAGCGAGUACAAACUCCGCUAAGCCCUUUUUUCUACUUGUCGCGCGUCAUCGAGUAUGUAUAGAAUUUCCAUGAUACUGGAGGGUGAAUAAUGAGAAUUGACAAAUGACAAUUAAUUAGAGACUUGCGAGCAUGAUGGAUUGAGUCUGAGUAGCCCAAGUCGCUGAGUUGCAUGGGUCGCAUAUUUUAGCUGAGUCACUGUGAAGGGGACAGUCAUUGUCUUUGCAAGAGCUGCAGGGAUCUUGACUGAAUUUCGUGGGUAAAAUCAACAGUCUCUCGUAUACUUGUCGGAGCCGUCUGUAAAAGCUUAAUACUUGCGCGCGGGGAAUUGGCAAUCGAGGAGUGUAAUUGUAGUAUCGGACAUCAUGUAUGUUUCCUACAAGCAGGCGCAGUAUGCAAACCUCCUUACUGCAUGUCUCAUCUGAAAUUUGUAAACAAAUGAAAUCGGCAGUGCACUAUCUCUGCUCUAUCUUUUCUGAUUCACUUAUCUGUGGGGCUUGUUUAUUAUUCAAAUGUAUCAGGUAAUGUAUAUUGUAGAGGGAGUCCCUCACCAAUGAAAGCUGUUUGCAUAGACAAAUAAAUCCUUGUG